CAUUUUAGUGAAUGCCUGUCCUCGAUCACCUGCGAUUAUAAUUGGCCAAUUCGGAUUUAAAUUCACGUAAAGUACAGAUCGAAGGGCAGUUUUCGCAGACAUGUUUCUUUCCCUAGUCGUAAUUCUGCAGGCACUAGGAGUCCUGAAUGCGGAGGUGCUGCGUUCCGGUAUCGUCAAUGGAACCAAGGCUGGAACGCGCCCGUUCCCUCACCAAAUUUCGCUCAGGCACCAAGGCGCACACGUUUGCGGCGGGUCGAUUGUCAGUCCGAUGGCGGCGUUAACGGCAAUUCACUGUUUUGGGGACAAGAAUCCCAGGAAUUAUGUGGUUGUCGUCGGUAUUAAAACUUUGAAGGAGAGGGGGGUCGUUCACAAUGUCGCAAAGAUCAUAUUGUCAAAUGAAAUCACCGACGUCUUCAAAUUCGACCUAGCCAUUGUGAAGGUUGUAAAACCUUUUGUUUUCAACAAGUUAGAGGCGCCGAUAGCGCUCGAUAGAGAAGGAACCGCAGAAGCAACCUGCAUUACCAGCGGUUGGGGUUUUACUCGCGCAAAUGGACAGUUAAGUCAAGAUUUGCUGUUCCUCGAAGUGAAUACCAUCACCAAUCGGGAGUGCCAACUCAGGCAACCACGCCGUUCUCAAAUUAUAUAUAACUCUCACAUAUGUACGAGCACGCCGCAAGGGAAGGGAGUUUGUCAAGGUGAUUCUGGAGGUCCCCUAGUUUGUAACGACACACUGGCGGGGAUUACUUCAUUUGGAUGGCCUUGCGCGCUUGGUUUUCCGGAUACCUUCGUACGGGUGUCGACAUUUAUCCAGUAUAUCGACUUUUACCUGGACCAGUUAUUUUUUGCAAUUCGCUUUUAUGCUCGGAAACUGCUAGCACCGUGCAGUAGUGUGUAUGCCAUCGACAUGUUGUUUUUCUUUGUUGUGAUUCUGCAAGUGUUCUGUGCCCAUAGUGCGGUGGUGCUGCGUUCCGACAUAGUAAAAGGAACCAACGCUGCGAAGAGCCAGUUUCCUUACCAGGUUUCGAUCAAGCAUCGUGGUUCACACACUUGCGGAGGAUCGAUUGUUAAUCUGAACACUAUUGUAGCGGCAGCUCACUGUUUUAAGGACCCAAUUGUCGCGAAUUAUAGGGUCGUGGCGGGCAUCACAAAUUUAAGGGAGAAAGGUGUCGUUCGCAAGGUAGCCCGUAUUAUACUGUCGAAAGAAAUUACCAACGUUUUCGUCUUCGACGUAGCUGUUGUGAAAGUUGAGCAACCGUUCGUCUUCAACGCCCUAGUGGCGCCUAUACCGUUGGACAAGAAUGGAACUAAAGAAGGAACUACCUGUAUCGCAAGCGGCUGGGGUUUAACUCGGGCAAAUGGAUCGGUGAGUCAAGAUUUGAUGUUCGUCGAUGUGAAGACCAUGACCAAUGAGCAGUGUCAGGAGAUGCAACCGUACCCUAGUCAGCGCAUUUACAAGUCCCACCUAUGUACCAGUACCGCAGAGGGAAAAGGAGUAUGUCAAGGCGAUUCUGGAGGCCCUCUUCGAUGUGAAAAUGCACUUUGUGGAAUUACCUCGUUCGGAUGGCCUUGCGCUCGUGGUGCUCCCGACGCUUUUGUGAGGGUGCACCUAUUCGUUGAAUAUAUUGAGUAUUACAUGAAUCAACCGGCAAAUUAA